AUGCCUCCCGUUCCUAAAUACAAACACCUAUCCGGCCAUCAAAAACAAACUCAAAGUUCUAGUUCUAACUUGGGUGAUGAUAAUGUGGGUGAAGACAAUGCGAAAGGAGAUGAAGAAGCUAAUGUGGGCGAAGACAAUAUGAACGUAGAUGUAGACAACGUGAACGCAGGUGAAGAUAAUGUUAAUGCUACCGUGGAUGAAGAAGCUACUAUGUGUGAAGAUGAUGUUAAUCCCGUUCCGGAUAUUGAUAUUUUUGAUCCUAGAAAUUGGGGUGGGCUUAGUAAUGACAUGAUUAAAGAGUUGGUUAUGAAAGGUCCAAAAAGAGAUAGGGAUGUUGUUAAGGGGCCUGUGGAUAAAUUUGGAAGAUAUUUUUCUAAUACCAUAACGGGGCAUCCGAAAGGUGGGUUGGAUGAUGAAGGUUAUAACGAUUGGAGACAUGCCGGUGGCAGACUUAAAGAACAUGAAAAAAGAAAAAGAUUAUUGGAAACAAGUCAUCUUAAGAUUGUUGCACUUGUGAAGUUUCUUGCAAAAUAUGGCUUAGCGUUUCGUGGGUCAAAUGAGAAGUUGUAUAAAAAAGGCAAUGGAAACUUUUUGGGUUUGGUUGAGAUGUUGGAAGAGUUUGACCCGAUUAUGAAAGAACACGUGCGCCGAGUUUUGAAUGCAGAGUGCCAUGUACACUUUCUUAGCCACAAUAUUCAAAACGAGUUGAUACAAUUAUUAGGGGAUAAAGUUAGAACCGAAAUCAUCAAGAAGGUUAAGCAAGCAAAUUCCGUGACCAUUGAGGAAUCCUUUUUAGGUUUUUUGGUUGUUGAUGAUACCACGGGUUUAGGUCUUUUUGAAGUAACAUGUAAGGAAUUAGAGUCGCUUGAUCUUGAUAUUGGUGAUAUGCGUGGUCAAGGCUACGAUAAUGGGGCAAACAUGAGAGGAAAAAACAAAGGAGUUCAAACUAGAUUUUUAGAAAAAAAUCCUAGAGCCUUCUAUAGUGCUUAUGGUUGUCAUAGUCUAAAUCUAACAUUGUGGCAAAUUUUGAAAGACAAUGUUAAAGGAUUAACUCUUAGAUCAUUGUCUACAACCCGUUGGGAAAGUCGUAUAGAUAGUAUUAAGCCUAUAAGAACUCAACUUGGAGAUGUGAAUGUGGUGAGCAAACAGUUGCAAGCAAAAGAUGUUGUUCUUGAUGUUGCUAUUGAUGAAGUGGACAAAUUAAUUAAAUUCUUUAAGAAGUAUAGAGAAGUGGGGUUCUCUAAGGCACUUGAUGAAGCUAGAGAAAUUGCAAAUGAAAUAGGAAAAAAACAAUUUGAUGAAUCGUCAAGUGUAGAAGAAGUAACAUUUUCACCCGAGGAGGAUUUUAGAGUAAAUUAUUUUUUAAGUAUUGUUCAUCAAGCUAUUUUUUCACUUGAAACAAGAUUUGAACAACACCAAAAAUUCGAAAAAAUAUUUGGGUUUUUGUUUCCUAAAAAGUUUAAGACUCUUGAUGAAGCCAAGCUUAAGGAGUGUUGUUAUCGCCUUGAAGAUGCAUUGAAGUAUGAAGGAGAAUCCGAUAUUGAUGCAAAAGAAUUGUAUACGGAGUUGAAGUUGAUUACUACAUUUUUACCGAGACACAUUGACAACCCUUUUGACGUUUUAGACUAUAUCUUCCAACGCAGUACUACUUAUCCUUAUGCUAUAAAUGCAUAUAAAGUGUUGUUGACAAUUAAUUCCGGUAACCGUGGCAUCGGCAGAAAGAAGUUUCUUAAAGUUGAAGUUGUUGAAGACCUAUUUACGUUCUACAAUGUCACAAGAAAGGCUAAACGGGUUGGCGACAAUAUCUAUUGA